UCCCACGUAUUUUCUUCUUGCAUUUUCUCUCUUUCUCUCGCCUGAGGAAACUAAGAAAUUUCAGGUCAUCACCUUCUAUUUUGGCCAACGAAGAAACCCCACUUUUCAAUUCCAUUCUUCAUCUUGAAACUGAAACGCGGAUGAUUUUUAGAUUUUUAAUUGGUGCUUCUUUGAGAUAGAAUCUUCUGUUUCAUAGGUGAAUACUAGGGUUUGGGAAGAUGAAGGCGAUGGAGACUUUGCAAGAUCUGAUUGAGGAGGCCAAACUUCGAACGGUUUGGUGGGCUUUGUGUAUUUUCGCAAUUUCUUAUUUUCUUUCUCAUACAAGUAAAUCAAUGUGGAUGAAUAUACCCAUAUCAAUUCUUUUGGUUUCCGCAUUACGCAUUUUGUCUAAUGAGGUGGAGUUCCGGUGGAGGGUACGAUCAGUUCCUCGGCUGACAUUUCUAUCUCAUUUGGAAAAGAAGCAGUUGUCUGUGAAUGACUCACGCCUUGCCACUUCACCACCCCCGCCAAAAUGGAAGAGAAAAAUUGAUUCUCCCAUUGUGGAGGCUGCUAUGAGUGGGUUUAUUGAUAAGAUUCUAAAGGAUUUUGUGGUAGAUUUGUGGUAUUCAGAUAUAACACCAGACAGAGAGGCCCCUGAGCUGAUACGUGCAGUAAUCAUGGAUGUUCUUGGUGAAAUUUCCGGAAGGGUUAAAGAGAUAAACCUUGUUGAUUUGUUAACAAGGGAUAUUGUUGACUUGAUAGGGAAUCAUCUAGAUCUUUUCAGAAGAAACCAAGCUGCUAUUGGUGUGGAUGUUAUGGGAACACUUUCUUCUGAAGAAAGGGAUGAAAGGUUGAAACACCAUCUUAUGGCUUCGAAGGAGCUUCAUCCUGCGUUGAUAUCUUCCGAGUGUGAGUACAAGGUUCUUCAGCGGCUUAUUGGUGGACUGUUAGCUGUGGUGCUAAGGCCACGGGAAGCUCAAUGCCCCCUGGUUCGAUGCAUUGCUCGAGAGAUUGUAACUUGCUUGGUAAUGCAGCCUGUUAUGAAUUUAGCAAGCCCUAUAUACAUCAACGAGUUGAUUGAAUGUCUCUUCCUUGCCAUAAAAGAUGGUAGUUCUAAAGACUUAGCUGAUAAUCAAUUAUUUAGUACAGUGGGUCUUGACCAUAACAAUUCUGUUGCGGCUGGAAGUUCACAAAAUGGUGAAUCUACCUCGAGAAAGUAUGCAGCCUCCUAUAAUGGAGGGACUGAGUUGGAUGAUUCAGGGGAUCAUGAAGAUACUAUGCAGCCACGGCCUGCUGAUUGGGCUCGUUUACUAGAAGCCGCAACCCAGAGACGAACGGAAGUUCUCACUCCUGAAAAUCUUGAAAACAUGUGGACUAAAGGAAGAAAUUAUAAAGCUAAAGUUCGCAAGGAUGUUAAGGCAGAAUCUCAGGCUCCUGGAGUGAAGGGUUCAAGAAUCAGUAGUUCUGUAUCUACAAAAAAUUUGGAAAAGGAAAUACUAACCAUCAGGCCUCGACAUUCUAAUGCUAGACCAGAAGAGAGAGCUAUGGUGCCGCGAACAGCUGGAUUAAGUGUUGAUGCACAAUUAAGUGAUGGACACAAUGAUAUGACACAGUUGUCACAGGAUCUAAACAAGGGAUCUUCUCUUGAUGGAGGGUAUUUUGUUGAUGGAUUGAAGGAUAAUACCAUUGUUACUGCUGAUGGAAAUAAAAGCAGACUUAAGAGAUCAAAUAGUACUUCUGCUUUAAAAGCCGAACCUGACAAUAAAAAAGCAUUUACAGGUGAAGGUGGAGGGCCGAUUAUUUCAGAGUUCUACAGCCCAAAUUUUGAUCGGGAUAAUGAAGUGUAUCGUGUUAAUAACCCCUCAGAUAUGAUGAUCCGCGGUGGGGGGCCACAUGAUCCUAAGCUCAAGUGCAGGGUUAUAGGAGCUUACUUUGAGAAACUUGGGUCAAAAUCUUUUGCUGUUUAUUCAAUUGCAGUGACAGAUGCAGAGAGCAAAACUUGGUUUGUGAAGAGAAGAUAUAGGAAUUUUGAGAGAUUGCAUCGGCACCUCAAGGAUAUUCCUAAUUAUACAUUACAUUUACCUCCCAAAAGGAUAUUUUCAUCAAGCACAGAAGAUUCUUUUGUUCAUCAGCGCUGCAUUCAGCUUGACAAAUAUUUGCAAGAUUUGCUGUCAAUAGCCAAUGUUGCUGAACAACAUGAAGUGUGGGACUUUUUAAACCUUUCCUCUAAGAAUUACUCUUUUGGAAAGUCUUCCUCAGUGAUGAGAACCCUGGCAGUAAAUGUGGAUGAUGCUGUGGAUGAUAUUGUUCGGCAAGUCAAAGGGGUUUCAGAUGGCUUAAUGCGAAAGGUUGUCGGCUCAUCUUCCUCCCCUAAUGAUGCCUCUCCAAUUUCAGGCACGAACUUGUCCUGGCAUGCAGAUGAAGCUUUAAGACAUGACAUGAUGAAAACAGAAAGUAGCUUUUCUGAAUAUGAGGAAGGUGAUAAAGAUGGAACCCAUGGCCAUGAGGAAGUUGAAUCUAGUGCACAAGCUCUUGGAUGGCAUUCGGAUAAUGAAUUGAACUCAAAGGGUUUUCCACCUAGGGUGAUCAAACGUGGUAAUGAGCCUAAAAGCUUAGAUUCUGGGGAGAAACAUGGUUCAGAAAUGAAAUCAGAAUGGAUUGACCAAGCAGCAAAUUUUCUGUUGACCUCUGAUCCAUUGGUGGAUCUAGUUGGAAUGCCACCUGAGUGGGCACCACCUAAUGUAAGUGUUCCGUUGUUGAAUUUAGUUGAUAAGGUAUUUCAGCUCAAGAGAAGAGGUUGGCUAAGAAGACAGGUCUUUUGGAUAUCAAAGCAAAUAUUGCAGUUAAUAAUGGAAGAUGCUAUUGAUGAUUGGCUCUUGAGGCAAAUUCAACUACUCAGGAAAGAGGAAGUUAUUGCUCAAGGAAUUCGGUGGGUCCAAGAUGUUCUCUGGCCUGAUGGCACGUUCUUCAUAAAAUUGGGAACUACCGGAAGCAGUACAGAUGAUUCUCAAUCUAUUGAAACUGCAAGCCAUGUAGCUGGCAGCAAGGCCUUUAAACCAGGGUCUUUUGAGCUACAAUUUGAGGCAUCUCGUAGAGCUAGUGAUGUCAAGAAAAUAAUCUUUAAUGGGGCUCCUACUGCCUUAGUAAGCUUGAUUGGGCAUAAGCAGUAUAAAAAAUGUGCAAAAGAUAUUUACUAUUUCCUUCAGUCUACUGUCUGUGUGAAGCAACUUGCAUAUGGAAUUCUUGAACUACUAGUAAUAUCGGUGUUCCCUGAGCUGCGGGAACUUGUACUGGAUAUUCACGCGAAGAAAUGAUGCGUGUUGAACCUGUAUACAAAGCUGAGAGUUCUAUUUCUGUUCAAAUUCAUGGUCCCUUCUGGGGAUGUAAAUCGGCCUUCCCAAUGAUGUGGAAUCCCAGAAUGCCAUCAUUUUUAAUGGCAUCGCCUCUGGUUUUUUCGCAUUUUAUAGGCACGGAUGGAAUUCAAUUUUGGGAUGUGGGAAAUACAAAAGAGGUCUGUAUCUCUUUUAUUCUUACUGUACAAAAGUUGUACAUUCUGAUCAUGUAUAUAAGUCAGCUCUGUAACCUCAAACUUUUGCUCCCAAUAUCUACCCCAUUCCAGGGAUUUUGUAUUUGAUUUUGGAUUAUUGCAAGCUUAAAGAAACAGGAGCUUUAAGUUUCUCCACUGGGUUCAAGAUCAAGUUGAUCUUCAAAUAUAUAUAUUUAUUCUUAUCCCA